AUGGACGAUUUUGGAUUAAUUUUAAACCUCGCGCAAAAAGCUACUAUCAAGACAGAAGUGGAUCAGGAAAAUUUGACCAGUUGCGAGAUUCUUAAUAACCACAGCGAUGCUUCGGACCCAGAUCGACUGACAGUUAUAAAAAAUACCUUUUCGUAUAGUUUAUCCGAAGAGACGUGCGACGAUUGCAAGAAGAAAAAGAACGAGGAACCUAAGUUUAAAGUUGCUUUAAGGGUGACUGAUGAGGAUUUCGAUUUGGGGAGCGAUAAAGAGAACGGGCCAAGAAGGAAACUCCACGUGGAAUCGAAAGAAAUUCGCAGUAGCCGGGGUCGGGGUCGUGGUCGGGGUCGAGAGAAAUGCGACGAAGAGGAGGAGGAAAUUUUUGUGCUGCAGCAACUCGGUCGAUCGCAGAUACGUUCAGUAGGAUUUCCAACUUUUCUAUGCAUCGACCGCCGAAUUGACGAUUCGAGUGGAGUUAAACGGAAAAUCCCAAGACCGGCGAACGCAUUUAUGCUCUUCGCCAAUGAAUGGCGGAAGAAGCUUGCGUCUGAGAAUCCACGAGAAUCGAACAAGGACAUCAGUGUUAGGCGAGUUUUUUUCUCGAGCUUGUGUUCAUUGAUACCGCAUUAUCGAAAAACAAUAAAUAAUGUAUUUGAUAAAGAAUUCGCGAUCUCAACUAUCAUCGAUCGUAAAAAUAUGUAG